AGGUUACUUGCGAAAAUAGUCCAACGGCGAUUAAAUCAGGAAAAGAGAGCAGCACAAACGUGUCUUUGUGAUGUGAGGUCAUGUGAUGUCAUCCUCCUCACUGUAUAAUGGGGAAUGUAGAGGAUGUCGGAGAGUCCGAUGCCACAGCGCGAGCGCUGCAUGAGAGUUUAAUAAUGUUUCAGUCCGAGACGCGUGGAUCACCAACCCGCCGUUUAAAACAACGAGCAUCAGCGCUGUCGAGCAGCUUCAGUGACCCCUGCCUGUGUCUGGCGCUCUCCGACGGGGUUUGAGGUAAAUCUGUGAGAAUGCCACAGUUAUGCGGCCUCCUCAUCACACUUUUAUUUGUUGAGACAGUUGCUGAAAAAAAGUACUGUUGGUACUAUGAAGGAGAUUAUCCUGUGUACUUUGUAUGCAAAAUAUACGAAGACUGCUGUGGCACACAAUGCUGUGUUCGAUCCCUGUCUGUUCAAAGAAUAUGGUAUUUCUGGCUGCUGCUGAUAAUUGGCAUUUUGUGCUGCUGCAGUACUGGGUACUUCAUUCGUAGACGUGUCCACCCUUACCCUCCUCCAGAUAGGCCUGAUUUCAACGUGACCUUCACCAGACAGCCCAUCAUAUCACCAGGAUUGCGCCAGGCUGGUUUCCACAAUUAUGGAGAUUCAGAGACUGCAGUAAUUUCCACCGUCUACCCAGUGCAGACCCACCCCGGUCACGUGACUGCGGUGUAUUCAGCCCUGCCGCCCCACUACAGACAGCCCCCUCCUUCCUACGAUCAAGUCAUGCAGGACUCGCAGAAGAAAUAAACAGGCCCUCAGCGCAGUGACUUUUCUUGCUCUGUCUGUGAGGUCGAUAAACAGGGAUAAACACAAGAAGCUCAGCAGCUCAGGCACGAAUGCAAGAAAGCGGACUUAAAGGUGACAUAUUAUGACCCUUUUUACACAUUCUGGUGUCCCCAGAAUGUGUCUGAGAAUUUUUAGCACGAGAUAAUUUUUUUACAUCGUUUUGAAAAUGCCUAUUUUUAGUGGAAGCCGAAACACUUUUUGUGAUUUUGGUGCCUGUUUCUUUAAAUGCAAAUGAGCUUCCGCUCCAGGCCCCCUUUUCGAGAAAAGAACUGCACCGUUGCAGCUUGUAUCUACUAAAAACUGUUUUGGUUCUGAUUAUCGUGUUUGUGGAUUUGAAAUCAUUUUUAAACCCUAUUACGUAGUUUAAACUUGUGAUAUACGGUUUUCUGAGUGGACACAUCUGGAGCACACGGACGGCUCCAGAUGGGGCGGUAAUAUUAUAAUGCUGCAUCACUAGGGGAGAGAGAUCAGACGCACUCGUUUUUUUCAGCCGCUUACAGAAAUUUUUUUUACUCUUUUUCACAUUUCCUUCGUUGGUAGAUGCACAAGGGAAGCAAUUAUAGCACUUUAAACCUGGAAAAGUCAGAUUUUCAUGAUAUGUCACCUUUAAAACAAACUGUACAAGUACAAAAACAAGAGUUUUAGGACACUGUGAAACUGUUUUUCAGUAUACAAGACUACAGGAGGCUCAUUAUAUUAGAUACAGUAAAAGUACACUUAGUUUUCAAUGUCAGGACUUAAGAAUAUGUUUGUAAAUAUAACAGAUUGCACAAUAGUUUUCAUAUCAAAGGCAGAGCAGAUCUGUUCAAUAAUAGUAACAAUAGCCUCAACAAAGUGCUUUGUAUUUAAUACUGUUCACUUCUAAAGAGAUUUUUUUUCAGUGCUCUGACAUGAUUAAACAUUUGGAUUUGUUCCACAUAAAGGGCAUUAAACACUUCCCGAAGGCUUAAUUGAUUAUUGAUUGAAAUCCAAUGCAUGCACUUUUAUUAUCUCACUCA